GAAAGACGCAAACUCGUACAGUUCAUGUGCAUUGCUUCAGAGGUGAUGAGAGCUCGCUUUUCGGGUCCCUGUGCCACAAUGUUCGGCCAAAUGUAUUGUUUCCACGCUUUCACUGUGUGGCCUACAAUGAGACUGCUUCAGCCGCGGGCUUUGAACUGCGGGUUCUGUGCGAAGACUAAGUAGCGAAGACAGAAUUGCAAACGAGUGUUUUUAUCCAUCCUUUGACAAAAUGGUGCGCUUUCAGGUUCAAUACUGGGGGGAGGCAGAACCUCGGAUUGUUGAUGUGGCUGUUCAGAAUGGUAGGCUGAUGCUUCUCACUCUGCUGGAAGCCACAGAAUUGGCGUUUGCAGUAGAGAAGCAGACCGGCAAGAUCAUUUCCACAGACACAGAGGGCUAUGUCACCAUGUCUGACCUGACAGCGGAUCCUGUUGGCAUCGAGGGGCGGCGCCGCUUACGUUCCAUGACCAUCCGACAAAUCUUGGAGCGCCCCUCAGGGUGCGGCUACGCUAUCUCUGAAGGAGCGUACACGAGCAUUGGAACGACAGAAGUCUCCAGGUUUCCGCCCAGGGUGGUACAGAUGCACAUGGCACCGUUAGUCCUUGAGUGGUUUCAAUCGCUGCAGGACUCGCCCCCGCUUGGCGAACUCACCUGUGCUCCUUACUCUGGAGACAGCCGCAUUUCCGCCCUUCCUUUCCUCUCAGAGACGGCAUCGAAUACUGCUUUUUUCCAGAUGGUCCUCUCGCCACUGAAUGACAUUAUGGUCAACCUUGGGCUCAACCAUCGGUGGCAUCAAGAGCCCAACCAACAACGAACGUCGGAAGUUGGCGUGGUCGGCAUGGGCCGCCCUGACUUCAUCUUGCACGAGAAUCACCAGAACAGGAGAAAGGGGUCCACGGAGGGCAAAAUGCCCUGUAUCCUCCAUCAGGGCCGAAGCACCGUGACCGAGCAGGACCGUGAGGUUGUCAACCUGGAGAGAUUGCAGCGUGCAUACAGGUUCGACCCCAAUGAAACUCCAGCUGAUCUGCCGGAACUGUACAACGGGACCCAGAGAAAGACGUCCGUUCGGUCUGCCCUUGGUCAGGAGGCCGGCUAUAUGGAGGCUGACAACCACAUCAUUGGGUUUUUGACUGCCGACAGCGUGCUGUACGCACUGGUCCUCCACCCAGCCUACCGAGGCACGCUGUUCAUAUCUGAGCCCUUCCUAUGGAUGUCAACUGAGGUGACACAGCGGAUGGUGAUGAUGUUCGGAACUCUGGUUCUUCUCGGUCAAGUCUCAACUGAUGGGCUGCUCGCAGCUGCGGGCGCUGCACUGGCUACAGAAACUGCCGCACGCCAGGCACCGAUCCCAGAAGGCAGCACCAGCGCGGGCCCCAGCAGCGCUCCUAGCAACAGCAGAGGGCCUGCUUUCGGGACGCGCUCCCAGGCUGCAGGGAAGGGAACGGGAGGCCAUUACAGCAAGGGCGCUGACCUCAGCAACGCAGAUCCGGGGCCAGUGGAACGAAACACGCCGCUCUACCAGUCCUUCCUUGCCGAGGUUCAAUUGACGCGCCUCAUCUGCGACGGACACGCGGGCAGAGUGUAUGAGGGAACUUUAUUGGAAAGGCCCGUCGUAGUCAAGUCGACAGACACUGCCCACUCCGCGCUGGGGAAGAGGCUGCUGCUCAAUGAGGCUGCCGUCGUGACCUCCCUCGCGCCUCUUUGGGAGAAGGUUGUCCCCGCGCUCGUUGCAUCGGGUUUCCUUGGAUCGAGCUUUUUCGUGAACAUUUUCCAGAAAAUCGACGGGAGGAAGCUGCGGAAGGAAGACACGCCAAAGGCCCUUGAUGCCCUCCGGAAGGUCCAUGAGCACGGUAUUCUGCACGGGGAUGUUAAGCCGGAGAACUUCCUAGUUACUAAACAGGGGGCAGUUUUUGUCAUAGACUUUGGGCUGUCUCGGCCUUGCACAGAGUCUGUAGAACUUCGGAGGGAAGAGGCAGAGCUCCAAGACAUUUGGUAAGGUUCAUAACAGGGUGCACGUUACACGAGCUUGAAUCUGUAAAAAGAGGGGGUCCUUGAUAGAACGGUACUAGUGGAAAGAGAGGCUGGUGUGUGCCACUGUACGGGCUCUUUCUGUGGUGAUCAGGGAUGGAGGGCUGAUUUUUUGCAAGUUAUCAGCACAAGGUAAACACAAAGCGAUUGGACUGGUGCAGCUGUGACAAGACGUGUCUCCGUUCUUUGGCGCUUGUACAUCAUUCGCGUUCAGAUUGCCAGUGCUGAAAACUACUGUGACAGUUGGACCAAUGUACACUUAGUACCUUAGCUGGUAAGCUGUCUAUUACUUUUGGAGAUAAGUGCCUAUGCACUGCAGUAGGUGUAAGGCAAGAGCUGCCAACAGCUCUCACAAACUAAGUCCAAUGGUGCACGCUGAUAGAUCAAAAAGUCCAAAGUUAGGUAUGGUUUGCGCUUUCUAGCUAUGACAAGGGACAUGGAGAUGCCCUGGCACGAACGAUGACAAGUGGCCAGGCUCUGUUGAGGGGGCUAAAGAUCAUUGUAGUGUUGGGAAUGCUUUCCCGCUUGUAACAUGC